UGCCGGCACCCACCUACCGCCAUCGUUACAUAUCUAAUUGCACCUUAAAUAAUUAUUAAUAAUCACGUGCUGCUAGGGAAGGGAAAGGAUCCCCUGAUCAUUUGCUGCUCUCAUCCAUGUAACAGUGACGCAGGCAGCCUCCCCGCCCGGCCGCACUGCUCUGCACCCCGCACAUAUCGCGACUUCUGUCGGGAUCUGAAGGGUGAUAGGUGCGGGCCGGCGGUGACACUCCAGCACGGUUAUCCCAACCUGCACCCAGCAGCAGCAGGAGAGAGGAUGUAACGAAGUUAACUGCGGAUUGAUGGACUGCACCACCCAGAGGCAGGAGGGGGGGACAUCUCACCGCACAGAAUCCUCCGCCUCGUUCUGCCUCCAUUCCCACAGCGGCAGUACAGCGCGCCGCCAUAUCCUUGGCAGUACCGCCCGAGCUCACUCCGCACCGGGGCAUGUGAGCGGCACAGGAGCCGGGCUGCUGCCAUUCCCGUGCCCUGACUCCCUCUCUCCCGCUGCCGACCUGUCCCCGCCCUCUCUCUCCCAUAACAAGCGGCUGCUAUCCCUGCUGCAGCCGGGCAGGCGAGCACCUCCGCAGUCCCCCUUCGUUGUUUGUUGUCCUUGUGCUGUUGGUUGCACGCCGUGACACCGGGGGCGGCAGAGAUGGGGGGCAGCUGCUAACCGCUCACACGUCACCCCCCCCCCUGGAGGAACCCCGGAGCCCGGCAUGAGGAUGAGCGACGGGCACUGAGUAGCCCGCAGAGACCGCUUCAUUCAUCCUGCUGCUUGUAGGUGAGAAGGCAUUAUACUUUGACCAAGGAUGCCACUUGUGAAAAGGAACAUCGAUCCCAGGCACUUGUGCCACACUGCCCUGCCAAGGGGGAUCAAGAAUGAAUUGGAAUGCGUGACAAAUAUUUCUUUAGCAAAUAUUAUUAGACAGCUUAGUAGUCUGAGUAAAUAUGCAGAAGAUAUAUUUGGGGAGCUCUUUAAUGAAGCGCACAGUUUCUCCUUCAGAGUGAACUCCUUACAAGAACGUGUGGAUCGGUUGUCUGUCAGUGUAACACAGCUUGACCCUAAAGAGGAAGAACUUUCAUUACAGGACAUCACAAUGAGGAAAGCAUUCAGGAGUUCCACCAUUCAGGAUCAGCAAUUAUUUGACCGUAGAACUUUGCCAAUUCCUCUUCAUGAAACCUAUGACUUGUGUGAACAUCCACCACCUCUUAAUAUACUAACACCCUACAGAGAUGAUGGUAAAGAAGGCUUAAAGUUUUACACUAAUCCAUCCUACUUCUUUGACUUAUGGAAAGAGAAGAUGUUACAGGACACAGAGGACAAACGGAAGGAAAAGCGAAAGCAGAAGCAAAAGAAUAUUGAUCGCCCACAUGAACCAGAAAAAGUGCCACGUGCUCCACACGAUCGACGACGUGAGUGGCAGAAGUUAGCUCUUGGUCAAGAACUUGCUGAAGAUGAUUUAGAUUUACAGAAUCAUAUGGAAAUUGCUAAUGGACCAUCCUCACAGUUUGAAACCAGGCCACAAGCAUAUGGCGAGACCACAGAUGGACCCUUCUCACUUGCAGCAUUACCUUAUAGUCAGAUGAAUGAUCUCCUGAACAGGGUUGAAGAUAGAGUUUUGGUGAGACCUCAUGAACCGCCACCACCUCCACCAAUGCAAGCAGCUGGACAUGGAAAAUCCUUGCCUGUUGUCAGUGCCACACCAGGUUUGUCUGAAAAUCGUCCUCAGUCUCCAGCCUUGGGUAGAACACCAGUGUUUGUGAGCCCAUCUCCACCACCGCCACCACCUCUCCCCCCACCUCCUCCUCCUCUUCCAUCUGCUCUUUCUGCUUCUUCGCUACGAUCAUCCAUAUCAUAUACUCCUCCUCCUCCUAUUCCUCCACCACCUCCACCACCUACAGCUAACUUGCAGACUACUGUUGUGCCACCAGCACCGGCUCCACUCCAGAUCGCACCUGGAGUACUCCACCCAGCUGCACCUCCUGUGGCACCUCCCCUUGUACAGCCCUCCCCACCAGUAUCGCGUUCUGCUCAAGUAUGUGAAACUGUGCCAGUUCACCCACUUCCUCAAACUGAGACACAGGGGCUUCCGCCGCCACCUCCUCCACCACCUUUACCUCCUCCUGGAAUGCGUCCGUCUUCCCCUGUGGCAGUCCCACCCCUCUCACGUGUCCCUGCAGGUCUGCAUCCUCUUGCUUCCAUUGUGCCCGGAUCUCAUGCUCCUCUUCUACCCCCAUCCCCAUCAUCUCAAGUUGCUUUGGAACCUAAGAGACACCCAUCAACUCUCCCGGUUAUCAGUGAUGCUAGAAGUGUUCUGCUGGAAGCAAUACGCAAAGGUAUUCAGCUUCGUAAAGUGGAGGAACAACGUGAACAAGAAGCCAAGCAUGAGCGGAUUGAAAAUGAUGUGGCCACCAUCCUGUCCCGGCGUAUUGCUGUGGAAUACAGCGACUCGGAAGACGAUUCCGAGUUUGAUGAGGUUGAGUGGGAGUGAAACGUGUUACAUACUACAAACUGGAAUGCUGAUGUCAAUUGUGGUGCUUGUUCUUUGAAAAAGUUUGGUCAUUUCUAGUGUUUUGUACCUCUUUUCAUUUACAUCUCCAGAAUAAACUUUUUUUUUUUUUUUCUUUCUAUUUUUAGUUUACAGUAAAAUUAGCAACUUUGACAUUUUACAGUGACUUCUUACCAUUCUCUUACUGGAAGACUGUAACGAUGUUUCAAUAGGCCACUAAGUAUUAAGACUGGGCAGCUGUCAAGUUGUAGAAUAGAAAACAAGAUUUUUUUCUUUUUAAUGUAUAAUAUUUGUGCACUUUGUGAAUUUUACGUUAAUGAAGGCGACCAGAAAUUGAAAUUCCAAGGGCAGCUGUAUCUAAUGUAGGACUUAUUUUAUUUGGUAAUGUUUUAAUAACAUUAAGCCUAGCUUAACAAAUUCUACUGCUUGAAGUUUGGUAUAUACACUGAGGCAAACCAUUGAAGUGGCUCUAUCACCUACAUAUAUUGGAAGCAGCUAUUUUAUGUCUCUGAUAUCACUGGGUAUUGGUAAUUAUGUACCAACAAUAUGACUGACUCUACUGUAUGUAGAUGAUGUGUCCACUUUAUGGUUUGGAAAUCUACGACCUAUGAAUAAUAUUGUUUUAUUUUCUUUUUUUAUGAUUGCCUUAUUUGAAUGCUGAGGUAUUUUUUUUUUUUAUGUACAUGUUGUUCGGUACUAUUUUGCCUGUAUUCUAAAGUAAAGAAAAUUCAUGUGAAAACUGACUUUAAACAUUUGAUGUAACUUAUAUAACUGUUGAGAAAAAAACAUAUUGCUUUGAUUUAAUAAAUUCUUCAUUUGAAGUGGAGAAUUCCAAA